AUGAGUGGGUCGCCAAACCCAUAUGGCCAUCAGAAUGGGACCAGCGCGGGUCCGAGGACCUUCAGAAGGCAGGGCUCUAGUUGUAAGUGGCAUCUUGUGAUAUUAUUUAGGAUAUUAUAAAGCGUGUUUUCUCAAAUAUUGUGAUUAUAUGUAGUAUUUUAGAGCUAAAAGUUCUUUUUAGUAUUAGCUUUUCUUUCUAUUUUUUGUUUUUAGUAUUACUUUUGCUGAAGCAGGUUGUAAACAGCAGCCUUCGUAAUGUUAUAAAUAAUUAAAUCUGAAUGUUUCAGAUGGCCCCGGCCACGUUCACAACAUGGCCGUCAUGGUGGCACCGCAGAAAAUUGAUUAUAGUGUGACGAAAGUAGGUUUUUAUGUUAUGUUAGGCAUAAAACAACAUAAAAAGGGCAAGAAAAGUGAAAAAAAAUAAAUAUGAUUGAAAGGGAUUAAAAAGUAAAAAAUAUUACCAAAAAGUAUUCAAACAUGGAAAAAAGACUAGUUCACAAAAAAUUGAAGAACUCCACCCCUAUAAAAAAAAUACCCCGCCCGACAUUCUUUAUACUAAUGUUAACAUCAUUUACCUUUUUCAGGGCGGUCUCAGAAGUUGGGCAGUACUAGUCGUCUUUGUACUAUUAUGUUCAGCGAUGUUGGCCAUUUUCUCUGAAAUCGAAGGUAAGUUUACCUAUUGUUUAUACCUAAUGUUGAUAUAUACCUAAAAUGGUAUCAUACCUAAAAUUUAAACUUUGCCUAGGAUUCUUAAUAUAUCUGAUUAAAAAGCAAAAUUUUAUAAAUUUUAAGCAUAAAAUACGGCUUUUUAGACGGCGAAGACAACGACUACGUAGCACAUUAUGUAGAAGAAGCAGAACCAGAUACGAUAGUACCAGAUACAGAAGACGAAACCGAUGAAGUUACCCCUGCUCCACCGGGUAAGGUCUUGUUUUAGAUGUCAGGACAAUGAAAAGUUCAAUUUUUUUUGUCUUUUUAUUGAAAUUCUAUGAACCUUUUGACCAAAAUUUUAAAAAAUUGACGCGACAUAUCCAUUUUUUUAAACUGCAAAGCUUUAUUUAAAAAAGUUAAUGCUUAUGUUUCCAGACAUAGAAGACGCAGAAGAAGAAGAGGAAGACGAAGAACAACAACUCUUCUCGUCGCUGCUUCAGAAGGCCAAAGAUCGUUGGCUAGGAAAGUCCAAGAAAAAAGACGUUAAAAAGGAAAAGGAUGACAAUGAAGAGGACGAUGAAGACGGUCAACCAGUAGACGAAGAGAAACUUCUCAGAAAUCAACAACGAAAUCAACGAAAACGAGAUCUGCGACGUCGCAAUCGUCGUCAACAAGAAUCCGACGAAGACGACGAUGACAGUGAAGAACAGAAGCCAGAAGAAGUAAAAGAAGAUUCAGAAGAAGAGAGUGAAGAAGCAGAAUCUGAGCAGAAGAAGGAUUCAGAUGAAGACGACGAUGAUGAUGACGAGGAAGAAGAAGAGGAACUUAAGAAGAGGGUGGUUCCAGAGAAGAAGAACAUCGUGAAGGAGGAUUCUGAAGAAGAUGAAAACGACGACGAUGAUGACGAUGACGAUAAGAAUGAAAAAGAAGAGGAAAAAGAGCCAGAGGAACCAGAACCAUUACCUAGACAUGUCGUAAGUUGAUGUUUAGGAGACAAAAUCUAUUAGAAAUAGAUAUUUUAGGUAUAAAAUGGUUUGACUUUGAUGUUUAGGGCAAAAAUGGCAAUUGUAUAUUGUUGUUGACCAUAAACUGUUUAUUCUACAUCGUUCUAGAUCAAAAGACAACAAAAACAAGCAGAAAUAAUGAAGAAAGAACGAGAAGAAGCACUAAAGAAGGCCCAAGAAGACGAUGAUGAUGAUGACGAUGAUGAAGAAGAGGAUGAAGUCGCUAUGGUAAGUCAGAAAUACUUUUGUUUCACCAUUUUCUAAUAUAAAAACUUCAUUUUCUCAAGUACUUCAACUUAAAAUUUUAAAAAUAUCAACUUAAAAUGCCAUUUCUAAUCUGAUAUUGCUUUAGUGCGUCCAAAAAGUGAAGAAAGACAAGAAGAAAAAGGAGACAGACGAUGACGAUGAUGAUGAAGACGACGAUGAAGAAGUCCUUGUGAUGCCACGAACUCAUCGUGAAGUCAGAAGGUCAGGCAAAAGCUGGCGACAAUCACUACAAGCGAAAAGAAUGGCAGAAGAUUCCAAAAAUCCUCGGAAGUCGCUGCUCAAAGGAAAGAAGAGGAAGGUGUACCCAAAGCUGGAGCAGAGUGACGAUGUAGAAGAUGGCGAUGAUGACAGUAGAGAGGACGAUGACAAUGAUGACGAUGACGUGGAGGAAGAAGUGGACAAGGUGGAUGUCAGAGAGGUCGCGGCGACGAGGAAAAAGUAAGAUUUUUAUGGUUUUUUGGCCGGUUUUAGCUAAAAAUUCGGUAUAAAUUAGCCUUCUUAAGCCGUUCUACCAACUUUUUGACCAAAAUUCAAAUUUUGCGACAUUUUUUAUUUAAAUUUCCCUUCAAAUUUUUGAAAUUUGGACUUGCUUGUGCCAGAAUUUAGUCGCCAAAACUAAAAUAUCGCAUUCCAGGACGAAUAAUUACAAUCGCAAAGCCGUGACGAAUCGCCACGACUACAAACAUCGCAGUAAACUGGAUUUGGCGGACUAUCUGGUCGAAAAGGUGGCCCAACUGACUGAACUGUUUAACCGGUUUGCCUCUAACACCUACUACAACUAAUCACUUAACAUUUUAACCUUAUUGUCGCUGGGUUUGGCUCUAAUGUUUUGAUUUUACUCUUGGUUGGUUCAGUAUACGAAUAUUGUCGCCAAACUUAACCUUAUUGUCGCAGGGAAACAUCUUGAAGUUGGUGGAGUUAACAUUUUUAAUUAUUUGUCGCAAGGUUAACAAUUUUUAUGAUUUUGUCGCAUUGUAACCUUUUUUAUUUAUUUUUUAUUGUUUUUUUCUUACUGUAUCAAGAUUACCGUACCUUUUUCAGCACGACUUCAACAGUGCAAUUCAGUACUAUACUGAGGUGAUCAAGGACUACAAAGACAGUCCACGAGCUCACUUUGGUCUUGGAAAGAUUCUACAAAUCAAGGCUGAAGAAGAAGAGACUGACGACAACAUGGACAAGGCCAUCAACGAGUUCCAGAAGGUGCUGGACGAGUACGAUACUCCGGAUGAGCUUUUCAAGUAAGUGGAAUACUUUUUUGCCAAGGGUUUCAAUAGAUAUACUAUUUUUGUCUUUUUUAAAUGUCGCAAUCCAUUAAUUUUGAACAAAAACCAACCUUUACAAACUUUCUGCACGGUGCAACAAACAGAAAACGUUUUGCACCGUGCAAACCCUUUACCCCAUUUUCGACUGCACAGUGCAAACAAACAAACAUGAGCCGCAUCGCUUAAAAAACAAAAAAUCGCUUGCACUGUGCAUAAAGUUUUGGCUAAGGUUUCCCUCUUGCACAGUGCAAACUCCCGCUGCCUUACUGGUCAUCGCAAAUGCACAGUGCUCCGAACAAAGCUUUGGGUCGCAAAAGAUUCAGAACAGAGGGAAAUGUCGCAAAAAAAACAAGAGCGGCGGCAAGACAACCAAAUUUGAUUUUUGCGACAAAUGCGACAAAGAAUCAAUUUGAGUUUCCGCGAGAAAUGGGAAAACCGUGCGACAAACAUUUGCGACAAACAAACGCGACGACUUGUUGCCGCGAAUUUCAAAAGCAAGGAGAUGGUUUGUCGCUGCGAUAAAGAUUUCUUUGAUGAAAAAUGAUUGCACUGUGCAGAUCGUUUUUGAAACGGGAAAGAGGAAAGGACUGCACUGUGCAGUGGUUUUGAUUGCACAGCGCAAAGAAAGGGUAAGGUUGCACGGUGCAAUGAAGUUUUCGAAAGUUUGCACGGUGCAGUUGAUCAAGAGGGGUUUUAACUUUCUUUAAAGCAAUAAAAUGUAAAAAAUAUGAAGUUUAAAAUAAAAAAAUUUCAGAGAAGCCGCGGAGAAUCUAGUCGAAUGUGCACGAUACCGCGGAAACCUCCACAAAGUAAUGACAGUCCAGCGAGAGCUGAUAGACCGUUUCCCUGAGGAAAUCGAGAUUCAGACCGAUUUCGGCAUCACCUUCCUGAUGAUGGGACGACCCGACGACGCUCGCAACAUCUUCACCUCCAUCUUGGAGACCGAUCCUCAGAAUUCUGUCGCUCAAGCCUACUACGGUUACCUUCUGAAGGUGUACGACCUCGACUACGAGAAGGGAAUCUUCUACAUGCGACGAGGACUCAAGAGCCAGGACAAGCCUAUUCUCGACGCCAAAUUCUACUUCCACCUAGGCGACGGCCUUCAGCGACUCGGCCGUGCUCAAGAAGCCCUGAGGGUGUACGAAGAAGCGGUGGAACUGGGACUCUUCCCCUCGGUGUACCAAAGGUCCACCUACAACCUCGACGGUCUUACUGCGCGACCGUGGUGGACAUUGACUCAAACAUUAUGUGGAAAACAUCUUAAGAACCUGGAGCGACAAUGGACUGUAAUGAGAGAGGAAGCCCUGAGGGCGUGGAAGGACGACGAAGACAGAUUCAAACCAGAAGACGCGCAUCUCACAGAAGGCCAUCACAAGUCGCUGUAUCUGCGACAGGAAGGCACUUUCGACGAGAGAAACUGUCGCUUAGUGCCCACGACAUGCAAAUUACUCAAGGAAUUCGCUGAGGAGUCCAAAUGCGACAAGGGCGACGUAAGUUUGUUGAGUUUUGCGAUAUUGUUGUAGGUGGGAAGAAAGUUUUGAGAAAAAAUUGUUUUUCAAUUUAAAAACAGUCGCAACUAAUAGAAUUCAAGUCGAAACAAAAAUCUGUAUCGAGAUCAGCAAAAUCUUUCAAUUUGGACGAGUUGCAACUAUUUGUUAUUGAUUUUUGCGACGAAAAGACACCUUUUUAUUGGUUUUCGGUAAAACGAGUAACAUUCGAACUAAACGUUGAUUUUAGAUCCGAAUCAACGUCUUGGAACCAGGAUCCAGGGUGUGGCCACGCUGCGGUCCCACGAACUUUGUCCUCGAAGCUCAACUUGGCCUCGUUUCACCAUCAGAAGCCAGAAUCCGCGUCGCGAAAGAGGUCCGUGGCUGGAGGACAGGCAAGUUCCUGAUCUUCGACGAGAGCUUCGAGCACGAGAUCUGGUUCGAUGGUGCUGCGACACAUACGAAUAGGAUCGUACUAGCUAUAGAGUUGUGGCAUCCAGAAGUUCCGAGCACGAUGAAGGCGGAUUCUGUGCUGUAG